UGGCGCUUUCAUUUGCACUCGAUAUUUUAAUUAUGAAACAUAUCGCUGAACGCGGCGAAUUCAAGCACAAUUAAGAACGGAAAGUGCACGGAGCCAUACGGCGCUUGGAUUACGGUUAACGCUACGUGUGUGAAAUAAGUGAAAUUUGAGUCUAUUAAGUUAGACCUUUUUGAAAUUUUCGUGCGAGUCUUGAAAAUCACAGAAAGAAAGUUUUCAAAUUGUAAAAAAGGUUUGGAAGUGACAAAACGGCACCUUUAAAAAGGCAGCUGAAAUAAAAAUAAAAAAAAACUGUAAAAAAUACUUUAAUUGAUUGGAUAUAUAAAGUGUUACAAUCAAAAAUAUCUACGUGCUAUAUUAAUAGUUUACCCAACUUCAAAAAAGAAAAAUCAAAAUGCAUAUAACGCUGCGAUUACUAUUGCCCACAUUGCUUAUUUGCGGCGCGCUGGCCAAAAGCCAUGCCUAUUGUUCACUGGAAAAAAUGAAGAUGUUCGCUAUGGAAGCGUGCGAGCACCUAUUCCAGCAAGAUGAGGGAAGAGAGAAGCGUUCGCUGGCUCUACCAUAUGAACACAAUUACAUACAUCACAAUGAAUAUCCAAAAUUGAAUGAUAAGCGUCACUUCAUCAGCCGCAGCUUAUACCCACAUGGUGGUUAUCUGAAAGUGGGCCAAGAGCACUUCAAAAUUCUGAGUAAAGUCGAUGUCUUUCCACGCUACAAGCCGAAAAAGCUGCAUCACGACAAGAAGGAACGCUACAAGCGUGAACAUGCGCUUAGCUACAACAACAUACCAUAUUGUUGUUACAACAAAUGUGAAGAGGACUUCUUCUGCUAAGCUUGCUGUAGACCAUACAGCUUAAAAGCUUUAAAGCCAAUCAGGCGAUAGCAAGCAGGAUCAACAUUCCAGCUAAUAGCCGUUAAAUACAUAAUAUUUAUACUAUUUGAAAUGUUUUUUUUUUUAAUUUUAAUUUUAGUUUUAUAAUUGUAAAUAUUGCUUAAACUUAGAGAAAAAUAAUAAUAGGUAUGAUUAUCCUAGUAGCGCAGCAGAGCGCACAAUGCACCAUGUGUACCUUAUUAAUUAAUAUUUAUUAAAUAGUCUUUACGAAAGAACUUGUAUGUGUAUAUAUACAUAUGUUAUACUAUAUAAUAAUUCAAUUGACAUAAUUAUUUAUAAAUUAUAUAUAUUUUGUAAAAAUAUUGUGUGCAUAUACAUAUAUGUAUAUAUAUAUGUUUAUUUACUUCUAAGCAAAAAAUAUUUUCACCAACAUUGAUUUAUCUAUUCUUUGUAAUUUCAUCCAUCAGUCAGUAUUAGCAGUUGGCUUUGCGAAUUCAUUAUAUUAUAUGUGCAUAAUUAUAUUUAAAACAUUGAAUCAUAUACUAGUUAUUUUUACUUGUUAUAUACUUUUAUACGAAAAUAAAAAAAUAAACAUAAAAUUUAAUUUAUAUAGUUGAAAUUACUUUUUUAUUUCAUGCAUGACAACUAAAAGUUUUGUUUCGCCGCGUUAUUCGUUGCAUGCUUUUAGGCAGCGUUCACUUAGCCAUCUUUAACCCUCCAAUGCGCAUAUUUUAUUUUAGUCAAAUAAAUGGUUUAUUA